CUUCCCCUGGAGAGCGUGAGAUAUUCCCUUCUCUCCUUCCAGAAUGACCCCCGUUUACCAAAAACCGGUGUGGCGCGCUUGUCAACCACCGCCGUUUGCGAACUCAAUAAAGAAAAUCUCCCUCGGUUGAAAAAUCUAAUUUUUUUUGCCUUCCAAUUAUUACUAAUUUAGUAUAACGUGAACUACAAUUGUCAGAACCAAGCGGAAGAAGGAAGCCUUUGCUUGGUAAAUUGCCUUUGGUGGUCUAUUUUAUCGUUGGGCUUUCACUUUCCGUUUCUGAUCAUGUUGUGACUCGUCGUUGCGCGCCGGCUAGCACUAGUGUUUUGCUCCUUUUGAAGCAACCUAUUGUCCUCUUUUACUUAUUUGCUAUGACGGGCUUCGGGUUAUUCUCCUGGAUUCGAUGCAAUCAGCUGCGACUAAGAAGUGGCUUGUCCAAUUGGAGUUGAAUUUUUGAUAUGUUAUGCUUAGUAUUUGAUAUGGUUUACCCUGAAAAAUUGAACUUUUCGUUGUUUAAGAGGAAGGAACUAGGGUUUUUAUUCCAGAUUGUGUAUGUGUGGUGGGUUGUUCUGCUGUUGCUUCGACCUGCUGCGGGUCUGAGACCAUUAAGAGAAAGAACUCGAUCAUGGAGCGAUGAGUGGCUCUUUUCAACGAAAGAUGAAAGUGAUCAAUUUUCACAAUGGAACAUAACAGGAACUUACAAAGGGACAUGGAAUUUUUUAGAUACUGCAAAUGGCUCUUCAAGAUUUUCAGACAUCAGGAAAACAAAUGGCAAUUCGGUAAUUGAAUUAUUUAGUACGCCCACAAAAAUAACUGGUGUGCAUUAUGUUCAGGGGGUGGUUAUAUUCCAUGAUGUGUUUGACAAUGAGUACAAUGUUGGUGGUGCUCAAAUCAGAGUGGAAGGUGUAUAUAUAUGGCCUUUUAAACAGCUUCGAAUGGUAGCUAACAGUGGGAAAGAGGGAAAUUCAAAUCAGGAUGAAGAUUAUAUCUUAUCUAAUCCAUAUCAUCUGCUUGGAUUGUUCUCAUCUCAGGUAUUCCAAGAAUCCUCACGAGAUAAGACACGGAGAAAUAAACAUUCUCCAUUAUAUGACAUGGAGAAACAUUGCAAUAUUGAAAUUGCAGGACAGUUUUCCCGCCUAUCAGCAUCAAAGAAUGAUGGGGAUCAUGAUCGAUUCCACCUAGGAGGGUUGAUGGAGAGUCCCUCAGUGGACGAUGAUGGGGAUUGCUUUUCACCUUUAAUGUUAAAUGCAACUUCUGUUAACAUUGAGGUCUACUAUAACAAAGCAGUGAACUACACCUUGAUGGUUACCUUUAUCUCUUUCUUGCAAGUUCUUCUGUUGAUUCGGCAAAUGGAACAUAGCAACACUCAAUCUGGAGCUGCUAAGGUUUCAAUAAUAAUGAUUGGCCAACAGGCUAUAAUGGAUGCUUACCUUUGCCUAUUACAUCUGACUGCAGGAAUACUAGUUGAAUCCUUAUUUAAUGCUUUUGCAACUGCUGCUUUUUUCAAGUUUGUGGUCUUCUCAAUAUUUGAGAUGAGGUAUCUCCUUGCGAUAUGGAAGGCAAAUCGGCCUCUGAGUAAUGGAGAAGGCUGGGAGACAAUGAGGCGUGAGCUUUCAUCUUUAUACAUGCGUUUCUAUGGGAUCCUGGUGGGAGGAAUUCUGCUUAUGUACCAGUUCCAUAAUUAUUUGAGACCUAUACUUCUUCUCAUGUACUCAUUUUGGAUACCUCAGAUAAUUACCAAUGUUAUUCGUGAUUCACGCAAACCAUUGCAUCCUCAUUAUAUUUUAGGGAUAACUGUCACUCGCCUAGCAGUGCCAUUAUACAUAUUUGGUUGCCCCAAAAACUUCAUGCGCAUUGAACCGGACAAGAGCUGGUGUUUGUGUUUGGCUGUAUUUAUUGGACUUCAGGCUACAAUUCUUCUACUUCAGAACUAUCUUGGUUCCCGCUGGUUCAUCCCUCGUCAGAUUCUGCCCGAGAAAUACAGCUAUUACAGGAGGUUUGGUCAAACUACAAAUCAUGCUACUGAUUGUGUUAUUUGCAUGACGGUUAUUGAUCUUUCUCAGCGAUCAAAUGAUUGCAUGGUGACACCUUGUGAGCAUUUCUUCCACUCUGGUUGUUUGCAAAGAUGGAUGGAUGUAAAGAUGGAGUGCCCUACAUGCCGGCGCCCUCUGCCGCCUGCUUAGGGAGAUUUCCACGGUGUUAAUAUCAGUAGGAUCAACUGACACUGCUGAACUUACAAAAUUUUGGUAAACUUCAUGGCCCCCCUGGGGCAGCACGAUAUUGCUGUCAAAGUUGACAUUUCAACAUUUUGAGAAGGUUUCUUCUCACAGCAAUUUGUAAUUUGAUUUUUCUCAUUGAUGCUACAUACCAAG